GGCGUCCUCAGCCCUACCCCACAGCUUGGCAUUUCUCUCCCUGACACAGGGACCUAGGCUUGCUCUGCACUGCCAGAUGCAGUCAUGGUGCCCCUGCUGCUGCUGCCUCUGCUGUGGGGUGGGUCCCUGCAGGAGCAGGCAGGCUAUGGGCUUGGAGUACAGCAAUUGGUGAGUGUGCAGGAGGGUCUGUGCAUCCAUGUGCCGUGCUCCUUCUCCUACCCAUGGAGUUCCUGGUCUUCCUCUAGCAAACUCUACACCUACUGGUACCGGCAUGGAGAUAACACAGUCUCUGCUGUGGCCACAAACAACCUAAAUAAACCACUGAAGAGGGAGACCCAGGACCGAUUCCUCCUUGCAGACCCCAAGACCAACAACUGUUCCCUGAGCAUCAGAAAUGUCAGGAAGACUGAUGCAGGAACCUACGUCUUCCGAGUGGAGAGAGGAAGACAUGUGAAAUAUACUUACCGAGAUAAGAAGCUGACAUUGCGGGUGACAGAACUGACACAGAAGCCAGACAUCCUCAUUGUGGAGCCCCUGAAGUCUGGCCACCCUACAGAGCUGACCUGCAGCCUGCCAGGGUCCUGCCAAGGGGGAAGUGCUGUCACCUUCUCCUGGGUGGGGGCUGCUGUUGUCUCUCUGAACCACUGGGAGCUCCACUCCUCGGUGCUCACCUUCACUCCGAGGCCCCAGGACCAUGGCACCAACCUCACCUGUCAGGUGAAACACCAGUGGUCUUUGGUGACUACAGAGAGAACCAUCUGGCUUAACGUCUUCUAUGCCCCACAGAGCCUCACCAUAGACAUGUCCUUCAGAAAUGUGACAGCCCUCAAGAUUGUGCAAGACACCUCAAUUCCCAUCCUGGAGGGGGAGUCUCUGUAUCUGCUCUGUGUGUCUGACAGCAACCCCCCUGCACAGCUGAGCUGGUUCCGGGGGUCCCCAGCCCUGAACACUGUCCCCAUCUCCAGAACUGCGAUCCUGGAGCUGCCUCGAGUGGGGGCUGGGGAAGAAGGAAAGUUCACUUGCCAAGCUCGGCACCCGCUGGGCUCCAGAAGUAUCUCUCUCAACCUCUCUGUGGUCUAUCCCCCACGGCUGCUGGGACUCUCUUGCUCCUGGGAGAAUGAGAGUCUGCACUGCAGCUGCUCCUCCCGAGCCCAGCCUGCACCCUCAGUGCAGUGGCGGCUAGGGGAGGGGUUCCUGGAGGGGAACCACAGCAACUCCUCCUACAUGGUCACCUCCAGCUCCACUGGGUCUUGGGCCAACAGCUCCCUGAACCUCCGAGAGGGGCUCAGUGAGGGUCUCAGACUCAGCUGCGAGGCGGAGAAUGUCCACGGGGCCCAGAGUGCCAGUGUCCUGCUGCUGCCAGGUCAGAGGUCUGCUGGGGGCAGAGGCUGA